CUCACUCUUGUCUCUUCCUCUACUCUCGAGUAACCUUCAUACAAGUGACCAUAGCACCACAAGCUCAUUUAUCAACAUGACUCAAAGCAACGGAUCCUCUCACGCUCAACCCAAGUGGCCCAAUGGUCCCGGGGUUCCUCUGACCACGCCAUUCAAACCUGGCAAUGAUGAGAUCGACCACGAGGCUCUCGCGUCUCAAGUCGUGAGGUGUGCCAAAGCUGGACUAUCCAUCGUCCUCAUGGGCACCACUGGAGAGGCUUCCAUGAUGUCCAAUGCUGAGCGAAAGGCCGCCGCUGCGACUGGACGCAAGGCUCUCGAUGAGGCUGGUCUCAAAGAUGCUCCUUUGUGUGUUGGUACAGGUGGAGGAUCUGCUCAGACCACUAUCGAGCUCUGUAAAGAAGCCGCCGAAGCUGGAGCCUCGCACGCUUUGGUUAUCUGCCCUGGAUACUUUGCUUUCGCCAUGGGUCAACAGCGACAGGCCAUCUUGGGCUUCUUCAAGGCUGUCUUUGACAAGUCACCUAUUCCCGUGAUGAUCUACAACUUCCCCGGAGCUGCUUCCGGUAUCGACUUGACCGCUGAGGAGAUUUGCGAGCUGGCUGAACACCCCAACUGUUUCGGAGUCAAGUUGACCUGCGGAAACAUUGGCAAAGGUACCCGAGUGGCACUAUACACUUCCAGCCCGGAAUUCCUCAAGCGAAGAGGCGAGGUGCUGAAGAAGCACACUGAGACUGGUCAAUUCCAGAUCGGACCAGGUUUCGUCGAUACUCUUCUCCCUGCUCUCACUGCUCGACACACCAUGUGCAUCACCUCAACUGGUUGCUUGUUCCCCAAGACCAUCCGAAAGCUUUACUUGACCGCUGUCAAGGGUCUUGAAGGCGACAUGAAGUCAUUCCAGGAAGCCCGUGUCCUUCAAGACAGACUCGCUCGAGCUGACGGAAUUUCCGUCGCCACGAGCUUUGUUGGUAACAAAUUCUUCCUGGACCACUACAUCAGCAAAGGCCUCGGAGGAGAAUGCCGACUGCCUCUGGCUCCCAUCACUGACGCUACAAAGAAGCGAGUCAUUGAGGAGUUCGCCGAAGACUGGGAGUUUGAGCAAUCUCUGCCUUGAUUGGAUACGUCGAAUUUACUACUUUGGAGGGAUCUGGAGCAUCCA